GUGCGGAGGAGGAUGUGCCCGGAGAGCGAUGUGAGUAGGUGGAAGAAGUGCGGCGGGGGAGAUGUGGACGAGGAGGGGAUGUUGCUACUCAACUCGCUGCAACCUGUGUGAAUCUGGUGAAGGGACAGCAACCUUCUCUACCCCGCCGUGUCGGAAUUGGAAGUGAUUUCCUACCAUGAUGACUAAAGGUUUUAACGUACCAGUUAUGGAAAAUAAAAGCAGCGGACUACCAAAUAGAAAUUGUUUAUGUUCUACGAUGAGAAGUGCUGUAGUAGCUAAAGAACUGCACCAGCGAUACAAAGAUCUCCUUGAUCCCAUCAGUUUAUUCACACCCAAAACCAAAGCUGUGAACAUUUCAGAGCUGCAGCUGGAGCGUCCAAUAACCCCUAUUGAUCACAACGUGAAGUUAGCCCCAACAACCAUCUCAGACCUUUGUCAAUUGAUUCAGAGAAGAAUUGCUGCCAGAUUGGAAGUUAAAACCGUCUCUAUAGCAGCCCAACAAGAACUGGGAGGAAUCAUUAUAGCAGAUGUUAAGUUGCUCUGGGAGGAGUUUAAACUCUAUUCUCAUGACAGAACUUUGACAAAAAUGGAGAACAAAGAGCUCAGCCGACGAAUGACUGCGUACAUCAUCACAGUGUGUGAACAGCUAUUCCUUCACUAUCUUUGUAUGGUGGACAGAGUGAGACAGCGCUCUGUUUUCACGGAUGAGGCAAACCUGAGUAGACUGAAGGCCCAGCUUACUCUUGACUGCAUGAAAUUUUUGAACAUUCCAGCUCUAAAACGUCAAGUUUCUACCGAUAUUAAGGAUUUACGCAAACCAGGAGAAACUGAUGAUAGAAUUUCUGAGUUGGAAAAUUUAUGGAAAUAUAAACCUAUGGGCAGCAAAUCAAUGUGUCCUGCAGCUCCAUUUACAUUUAACCACUUCAUCAACCUGAGCAGACCCAAGAAAGCACCAAAACCAAUGAUAAGAACAAUAGGAAGUGAUCUUCAAGAGAUCAAUGACAAUAUUCCACAUCUGCGUCUAGCGCGACGUUUUAAGAUGUUAUUUCAUGAAGAUGAAUCAGCUGGAGAUGACAAACCAAUGCAGAUUAUUGCAGUGCGAAAUCUGAACGUUCAAGCACAACAAAAUGAAGAAGUUGGCGUAAAUAAGCGGCAACAGUCGGAGCUCUUAAAAAGCAAAAGUCAAAUUUUGUUUGAGGAAAUUAUUUUAUUACAAAAGCAAACUAAGUAUUCCUCUGCCAUGACUUCUAAAUGGAAAUCCUUGCUUGAUUUGUACAAGGAUCCAAAAGAUGAAGAAAAUAAACCUUAUUCGCUUGCUGAUGAUCUCCAGAUCUUGUUGCAAACUUCUACUGUUGAUCAGGGGUACGAUGAUGAUCCUGAAACUUCUCUUCCCCCGCUGUUGGAAGCCAUUACAUACGAUAGGAGCAGUGAAAUAAAAAAACAGGAGCAAGAGAAAAUGCUGAAGGAACUUGAGGAAGAAGAGGAAAAAGAGCUAAAGCAUAGAUUUCAACCAAAGAAGCCAGAACAUGCACAGCCAGCUACAGUCUGCGUCAAAUUGUCCCGACAGUUGAUGGCACGAACAGCUGAUGUUCGAGUUUCAGACAGACAAUAUUUUGACCGUGUCUCCCUUGAAAUAUACCCAGCUGUAUAUGAUCUCCAAGAGGAAGAGGUUGACCAGGAAAUGAUACAAACAAUGGAUAAAAACCUAUCCUUUGAAGAAGAGUUACAUGAGAUUUACGAGCACCUUAAGGAAUCGAUUCCAAGUAAUCACCUGUUAUUUGAUGAUGAUCUAAUAAUAGCUCCACCAGCAAAGGGUGUGGAUCUUACUGGAUGUUUUCCAUCUGAUACUUUAUCUCUGCGGUUAAGGGAACGUGUUAUUAACCCUGAUCUGAAAUUAUUGGAAUCGAAUUUUGGGACCCAAAGAUAUAUAGCGAUGACAAAAGAAAGUGAAGAAGUAAAAUUUGAAUCAAAGUAUCGAUUCCAAAAUGAUAUUUCAAAACAGGAUUCAAAAACAAAUAUAGAUGAUUAUCUACAAUAUGUCCGUGAGGAGGGAUCUGACUACUUGGGAGUUCUUUAUCAUUUCUACGAGAGUGAGGAUGAGAAUGAAGAGGAAAGAAGAGAACUUGUUGCUCGAGAAUUCGAACUGAAAGAGAAAGAAGAACAGGAACGUGCAAAUAUGCGUUCCAUAAAAGAAGAAUUUGUCGUUGGUUCUUGGAAUAUUAAUGCUAUAAUGCUUGGAGGCUUAGGAAAGGACCCUCUUUCAGAAGCUGCUCAGGAAAAAUUAAGGGUUCAGAAACAGCUUGGGAAAAGACUGGACUUGGAAGAUAUAGCAGAACUACAGCUAAGACUUCAACGUAUUUGGAUUAUACUGCAUGUCCCUGAUAAAGAACGUCUUGAUAUGGCCAUUAAGUACAGCUCGCAAAAACACUGGCGCCAAGUUUACAUGGCGCUGGAUACGUGGGAAAAUGCUGUCAGACUGAUUCAAGAAAGAGAAUGUGUUUUGUCCAAACUUGAAAAUUUUGAAAGAUUUGCAUCCAACCCUAACCGGUUCUUUGAAAAAGGUUACAAGGGCACCUCAACACUGAGGUUAAAGGAGUCCAGAAGGAGGGAUCGGUUUUAUUCCGACUUAACAAAAAUUGAAAAUCAAUUGUCUAAAAUUUUAAUGAAGAUUAAAGUCAGUUUUAAGGAUGUUGUCACUUUCAAGGGCCGGCCGUAUAUAGAGAAAAUGCAACGGGAUAAAGUGGAAAUGCUCUUCUGGCUGCAGCAGGAAAGACGGAAAUGUAUUCUGCAGAAAAUCGCACCUGAUGAACCUAUAACACCUAAAGGUUCUAUCCUUCACCCCUGCUUCUUAUCAGAUAUAUGAAAAACAAUUGGAUGUUCGAGAAAAGUUAUCCCCAUCCACACCACCCCUUCUGUUGAUAGAUUAUUAACGAUGACAAAGUUUAAAAAGAAACUUGCAUAAAGGUAUAAAAUGGAAAUGCCAUGAAAACAGGGGAGGGCCAAUCAUUGCUAUACACUGUGUUUUCUUCCUAAUCCUUGCAGUAAGCUGUGAUUUGCUGAAGGAGACAUUUUUUAAGAUUUUGUAAUGAAGGUUUAUUUUUAGUAAACUUUGUUACCUUUUGAAGGAACCUUGAUAUCUACCUCUUGUGUUUUUGAGGUACAAAUGUUAACCCACUUCAGCACAUCUCUUCGUAUGGAUUGAUAAAUUAAAUAUGCAUUUUAAUUCCUCAAAUACUUCUAAGUGCGUUCAUUUCUUUUAAGUUGUAUUUUUUUUUUAAUAUGAUUUUCAUGGUAAAUGUGUUAAGGUUAUUUUUUGUUUCUGUUUUUUGCUAAAUUUUCUAUAAUCUUUCAUUAUUAUUUUAGGCUGUAACUGAACCUUAUUAUAAUUCCCUUCUUCAUUGUGAUAUCAGACAAAUAUGUUGCUAUUAAGCAUCCAGCAUCAGCUUUGAAUGGUAUCUGAAAUGUGCUUUCUGUUAAAGUCCAUUACUUUAGAAGAGUAAUCACCUUUGGAAGGUUUUUGUGUGGCCUCUGCUUUUUCCAAUGUUAGCAAUGCGAUAUCUAUGUCCCCCAUAGCAGCCAAGUGAAUGUACAUGAGAAGAAAAUUAAUUGGUGCAAUAAAAUAAUAGCUGGUGCACACAAA